CCGUACGUAGUAUAUGAGUAGAAGCACCCGCCUAGUCUAGUCAUGGCAUCGACGCGGGAUCUGUACUGACCAAGAAUCAAGCCUCAUUCCCCAUCCAACUGUCCUCUCUUGACAAUUCUGUUUCAAUCUCAGACAUUUUUUUUUCUUUUGGUUCCUGACUGGAAAGCAACGACCACUUUCUCCAACGAAACUCCACAAAGUCUAACGCACGUCGCAACCUUGACCCUUGCAGAACCCAGUUCCGCUCGUUCGCAUCUCCUGUCUCCAACGCCGCUGAGCUCAACACGAACCUGAUCACGACGAAUUACCGCUUUACCAAGCUGCACCAACUUGACGCGCGCGAACAUGGACGCUCACGCCCACCACAUGAUGGACCACAGUGGAAUGGACCACGGCGGAAUGGACCAUGGCGGCAUGGACCACGGCGGCCACGGCGGUGGCGGUAUGGAUAUGGACAGGUGCAGCAUGAACAUGCUCUUCACAUGGAGUACCAAGAACCUCUGCAUCGUCUUUGAACAAUGGCACAUCCGCUCGACCGCCGGCCUGAUAUUCUCCCUCCUCGCCGUCGUCGCCAUUGGUGCAGGCUACGAAGCCCUUCGCGAAUCGAUCCGUCGCUAUGAAUACCACCUCAACAAGAAGAACGAGGCUGUUCCUCCCGAGGCGGACGACAAUGUUAACGAGAACACCCCGUUCGUCACCCCAGGCCAGAGCCGUCCCAAAGUCACCCGCGAGGCUCACUUUGUCAAGGCUGUGCUAUAUGGAAUUCAGAACUUUUAUGCUUUCAUGAUCAUGCUCAUCUUCAUGACUUACAACGGUUGGGUUAUGCUUGCUGUUUCGUUUGGUGCUUUCGUUGGAUACCUGCUGUUUGGAGGCUCUACCCCUGCAACAAAAGAGACUGCUUGUCAUUAAUUUGAAAUGUCUAUUGUGGAUACCAAGAGCAUCAGCUCUGAAGAGAGGAAUUCCUAGUUAUCAUGUAUCUUCUUUACUACCUGACCGAUCAGGUUCGACAGAUAGGCCUUUUUGUGGAUGUUUGGAAUACCGAACACAAGGGUAACGUUCAUCAGGGCCGUUCCCCGCUCAUGGGGUCAGAUCAAAUGUCAACAGCCUAGCUCGUCCAAUGUCUGGGGAAAUUGGCAUCUGGGACCACGGGCAAUUGCUGAGGCUAGGAAUAAGAGAGAAGCCUGUUUCAAAUGACAUUUUGCUCUGUCUGUGCCCGCGUCGAGCGUAACCCACAGUACCCUUACUGCUAUAUCUUGUCCAGAUGUAUACCAAUGGCCAAGUUCCAUUGGACCCAAAUGCGGAUAACUCACGGUUCUAUUGGAUUAGAUUUUCUAGCAUAUCUAUCAUGACAAAGCAUCUAGGUAUGAAUCUAGAGAACCCGCAUCUACCCAAGCUUCAGAACUUCACAGCUUCGUCUCCAGAAUCUGGCUCUCGAGCUCGUUAAUCAUCUUCUCGUCCCCAUAAUCCUCAUUGUG